AUGUCGGUGUUAGUGAAUGGUAGCCCAAUGAAAGAAUUCAUGGUGGAAAAGGGUCUUCGUCAAGGAGAUCCUAUAUCUCCUUUCCUUUUUGUUAUAGUGGCGGAAGGAUUGAAGGCUUUGGUCGGAAGAGCGGUUGUUAAUGGGGAUUUUGUUGGGUUUAAUGUCAAUGGAAAGUGUUUCAUUGACAUUCUCCAAUUCGCCGAUGAUACGCUUCUAAUUGGAGACGGAAGUUGGAAGCAUCUUUGGGCUAUUAAGGCGGUGUUGCGGAGCUUUGAAUUAGUCUCGGGUCUUAGGAUUAACUACCACAAGAGCAAAUUGAUUGGUGUCAACAUUAAUUCGCACUUCAUGGGAGUUGCUACUAAUUUUCUUAAUUGUAGGGAGGAAGCGAAAGAGUUCAAGUUUCUCGGUAUUCUUAUUGGUGCAAAUCCAAGAAGGAUCUCUACUUGGAAUCCUCUUUUGAACAAGGUUAGGAGGAAAUUGAAUUCGUGGAAAGGUCGGUGGCUUAGUUUUGGUGGGAGGAUUACUCUUAUAAAAUAA